GGAUCCAUCCGCAUGCUGGGUUCUGCGGUCCCCCGGGGCUGACGGGGACAGCAACGUUCGGCUGUAGUCCAAUUCGGCUGCCUUGCAUGGUUUUGCCUGGAUAGGAAAGGAAACUAUUUUUGGAUGACUCUUUGAUGUUGAGUCAGCAGCAGCCUCUGAAAAGCCCCCGCUUCAGCUCCCUGAGUGAGAGCUGCCCUUUGCUGGUUUAUGCGAGAAAUUAAACACAGCAAUGAAGGUGGAAAGCCAGAAUACCAAGGGGCUGAUAUGGCCACAGGUCCUUGUGAGCAGUUGGAACAAAGUGAAGGAGGCCCAGAUUUUGUGAAAGAGCUUCUCACCCAGGAGGACGGCAUUCACUAUCAUCUGAAAGAACACAAUAAAAAAGAUGCCAAGAUACCUGCAAGUCGAGAAGAAGUGAACGUCAGCACAAACGGCCUAGAGGACAAACAGAAAGGCACGCUCCACGUUAUUGAGAAAGAUCUGGAUGAAUUUGUGGAUGGCAUGAGCAAAGCCACGCCACCUGGGCUUCCUAAGAAAUCACCCGAAGCAGAGAAGCAUCUGUUGAUGGAGAUGGCCACUGCUAAGUUGCCUCGGGCUGAGCAAGUUGCAGAAAAAGUCCUGAGGGCUGAAAGGGUGGUGGAGAGAGCCCAACGGGUCGAAAAACCACCAGUAUUGGAAAAGGCGAUGGAGAAAAUGCCGAGGGUCGAAAAGGCACAUCAAGUGGAGAAGGCGGUACGAGUAGAGAAGGCAGUUGAGAAACCACACUUAGCAGCACCGAAGGUUGUCUCUGUGAAGCGGAAGACAGAAAGCCGAGCUGCUAAGGACACGCUGCCUUGGGAAAAUCUGUCUUUGAACAAAUGCAUUCUGGUGGCAACUUUCCUGGCUCUCCUCAGUGUGAGCUGUCAGGUAGUUCAAGAGGUAAUAGAAUAUGGUGGGGCUGUUCUUGAGGCUGAGCUGAGUGCCUGGACCACACAAGAAAGCAGUCCUGGGGAAGAGGAGGAACUGUGGUUUUAUGAACGGUGGUUUGAUUGGUCGGACAUUGAUGAACCUCCUGACAUAGAGGAGGAGGAACUCCUGGAAGUAGAGGAGGAACUUUUAGAAGUCGAAGAAGAAGAAGAAAAGGAGGAGGAGGAGGAAGGGGCUUUAGAGGACAGGGAAGACGGAGAAGAAGAGACAGAACCAGUAGAAAUCGAAGAGGAAGAGGAAGAGGAAGAAGAAGAAACAGAGGAAAAACCAGUCCCAAAGGUGGGCCUCAAGAAAAUCCAGGAGAAAAUCAAACGAGAGACACCUUCCAAGAAUAAAAGCCGGAAAGACCGCAAAGCUCAGGAGGAGGAUGAAGAGAAGAAGCACCUUCGAGACAAGAGACAUCGCUGGGAAGGGAAGGGGAAGGAGAAGCAGGAUGAGGACAGGAAGAAAACCCAUCGCCACAAACCCAGCGAAACAGCCCAUCCAUUGAAAGGCCAUAAGGAAGAGCACCCCUCAGUGGAUAAAAGAAGGGGGCGCCCCAAGGAUGAGCAGGGCAAAGGGAAAGGCCACCUCAAGCACGAGAAGGACGCGAAGGACAGGAAGCCUUUCUUCCUCUCGCCCAAGGACAGUGGCAAGACAUUUGGGCGGCACAGAUCUCAGGAGUGGAAAAGGCACGACUGAGAUUUAAGGGCUGCUGACCUGAGGUCACUGUGGCAAGCAACAGGCUGCUCUUUCCCUUCCUCCCUCCCUCUCUUCUCUCUCUCUCUCUGCGCAUCCUUUCCCUGAAAGUGUGGGGACAUUAAAAACACCCAGAUUUGAAGCUGAGUGACUCCUGCUGAGAGGCAGGCUUGGCGUCUUCCAGGUUGGAAGCACAUGCGCCUUUUCUAUGCCUUGUUGCGACCCUUUGGUAGUGGUGCCACCCCAAGUUCCGGUGCCACCCGGAACAGGAGAGAGACAGGAAUCACUUAGACAGGUCAGCCUUACCUGCUCCACUCUACUCCCUCAGAGUAACUUUUAACAGUAACAGAGUUGGAAGGGACCUUGGAGGUCAUCUAGUCCAACCCCCUGCUCACGCAGGAGACCUGCACUAGGGAUUCGAACUGCAAAACUGCCGUCAUUGAAGAACCUCAAAAAAAAAAAGCACCCCCUUCCUUCAUUUGUGCUUUACCUGCCCAGUUAUCUCCAUAUGAAGUGCUAAUGUUGGUUUCAUAACAAAGAAGAAGCCUUAAACAUUUAUACUGACCUCAGACCCUGAGUUGGGAGAGAUUCACACACAAGGUGGCCUUAUUGCCCAAUCCCUCAUUAUAUACAUCAGAGGUGGGUUUCAGCAGGUUCUGACCAGUUCUGAAGAACCGGUAGCGGAAAUUUUGAGUAGUUCGGAGAACCAGUAGUAAAAAUUCUGACUGGCCCCGCCCCCAUCUAUUCUCUGCUUCCCAAGUCCCAGCUGAUUGGGAGGAAAUGGGGACUUUGCAGUAACCUUCCCCUGGAUUGGGGAGGGAAUGGAGAUUUUACAGUAUCCUUCCCCUGCCACGCCCAUCAAGCCACACCCACCAAGCCAUGCCAUGCCCACCAAGCCACACCCACAGAACCGGUAGUAAAAUAUUUUGAAACCCACCACUGAUACACAUGAUUUUCAGCAGGAACGUGUGAACUGCCUCUCUUGUACACAACGGAGUGUUUUCUUUUUUCUUUUCUUUUUUUUUUGAGCUGAUACCAAAGCUGUGUGUUUAAAACUGGAAUUUUUCAUUCAGAAGUGCAGCAAAAGAGUAUGUAUGCCGGAAUGAACCUUAAGAUUUAGCAACUCCCAUACCUCGAUUAAUAGAUUACAUCAUCUCCAUUUUAUUUUUGGUCACUUUUCAAGAGAAAAGCAAGACUGUUCCUCAGAGUUUGCUUCUUUCCUGUUUUGCGGGAAAAGUGGAUUUAUUAUUUUUUUUCCUGCGUUGCACAAAAUGAAGCCUAUCAAUGUGAAGCUAAAAACCAGCUCUGAUUCUUCUUACGAUAUAAACGUUACCCCAGAGAAAUCGUAGCAAGCAAUCAGCCAGAUUGGGAGGAAAUCGUGAUAAUUUCAGAAAUAAAUGUUGGCCGUGAAUUUCUUAAAUAUUUUCAUGUUUUAACAUAAGGAAGAAGUAAGAUCCACAGUCCGCAAUACAAUCCUUGAUGUUCCAAGGUGCUUGGGCUAUUGUUUUGGUUUUUUGAGCUGUAAAAAGCAACUUUUAUGUGAACUGAAACUUUUUGUCCAAGAAAUUUGUAUUUCUUCUACAUAUAUACUGUAGAAGAGUUGCGCUAAUAUCAAAGAAAUGAUGGAAUAGAAUCGGACACUUCGAGUUGUGCCGCAUCAUGUUAGCCGGAUGAGUUGGCCGGAGUGAAACAGCCAUGGUAGGAUGGCUACGGGUGAAUUAUCCUGUUCUGGAACUAGGGAGGGUCAAUUCUGAGAUUAGGAAAGGGAAUUUCUGAGAUGUUUUCUCACCACCCCCCAUUCCUGCUUUGUACUCAAGAUUUUGUUUAUUAAACUGUUUUCUAGGUUGUGA